ACAGUCAUUGGCUACUGGCAUGAGUUGGCUUAGACACAUGUCGUUCAGACAGGACUGAAACAUGUCGGAGAAGGCCUGCCGCCGAAAAGUUUGCUCGAUGGCAGUCAGUGUUACCACCUGCAGAUAGCAAAAAAUUACGUUUCUGUGUAUGUUUUAAAAAAAUUGCCAUUGUAGCAGACUAUUUCGGUGGCACGCCAGUCCGGCAUUGCGUGUAAAACUUUGUUUCUUCUACACAUACUCUUUUUUUAUAUUUGCAUUAUUACAAGUUUUCGGACGUUAAGAAAAGAAAGAGUCACUACCAACAACAAAAUGAUGCAUGAAGAUGACACAGAAGGCUUUAUAGCCAGUAAAGCAGCUCUAGCAUCCAGCAUGCACCAUCUGGCAGGAUCACGGUUUGCUCUGGGAGACAUAGGAAACAUUGGUGCAAAAGUUUCCAAAAUGACCAUAGAUGACCCCCUGAAAAAGACAUCAAGCUCCAAUGCUAUCAAGAAAGAAAUUCUCCAUCAGCAACCACCUGUGACGAGGCAGAAAGCCCGAAAAGCAGCAGCUAUUGCAGCAGCAGCUCAUACCAAUGCUGUUAGUACUACUGGCAGCAGUGUUAUCAAUCUCAGCACCAUUUCCACCAAAGUCAAAGCUUCAUCACUCAAGUCGGAGAUACACUCAGACUUUAAGGAGAAAGAACCUGCGGUUAUUGUAGAAGCUGUUCCAUCAGUCACAUCUUAUGGCCUUAGCGCGUAUCCUGCUGCACCAAUGGACAUCUCAGAGGAUAAAGCAGAUGCCUUUUCUGGAGGACUGAUGUCAGUAGAAGACAUCGAUGCUAAUGAUUUUGAUAAUCCUCAACUGGUCAGCGAGUAUGUCAAUGAUAUUUAUGACUACAUGCGGUCACUCGAGAGAAAGUUUGCUGUGCGACCUAACUACCUUGAAGGUGCAGAAAUCACCGGCAAAAUGAGAGGCAUUCUGAUAGACUGGUUGUGUCAAGUUCAUCAUCGCUUUCAUUUACUGCAGGAAACACUCUACCUCACUGUUGCUGUCAUUGACAGAUAUCUUCAGGAAAAGCCAGUGACAAGAAAUCGGUUGCAGCUUGUUGGAGUUACUGCCAUGCUUUUAUCAUCAAAGUAUGAGGAAAUGUUUGCACCUGAGGUGGCAGACUUUGUUUACAUUACAGACAAUGCCUAUACGAAAGCUGAUAUUCGUGAAAUGGAACGUGAUAUAUUAAGAACCCUCAAAUUUUCUUUUGGGAAACCACUGUGUCUUCAUUUUUUGAGGAGAAACUCGAAAGCUGGCCAGGUUGAUGCCUUGAAGCAUACACUUGCAAAGUACUUAAUGGAACUGACAAUAACAGAAUAUGACAUGGUGCACUACUUGCCUUCCCACAUAGCUGCAUCUGCUUUGUACCUUGCAAUGAAGAUCUUAGAUGGUUCUCCAUGGACGGACACUCUUGCCUUCUACAGUACCUACACAGAGGAGCAAUUACAGCCAUUAGCUGCCAAGCUUGCUAGCCUGGUUGUUAAAUCUUUCAGCGGAAAACUUACUGCUAUAAGAACAAAAUACAGCACUUCAAAAUUGAUGAAGAUAAGUCAGAUACCAGAGCUCAAGUCUUCCAUCGUGACUGAUCUCGCUGCCAGGGCAUCACAAUAAGCCUAUGGAUAUUUCUUUUCAUUGGCAACAAAUUCCAUCUCUGCACGUGAUGCUGUUUAAAAAAUACUGUUACUGUGAUAAUCCGUCCACACAUGUGGGGUAGAAAAUAUUGUGAAGAAAUUUGUCAGUGCGAUCCAGUUGUCAUGGAGCAGAGACAAAUUUAUAACUGACUUGACAAAAAAACCAUUUCUUAGUUCGUCCCCCAAAAUCUGGAAGUGACUGUGUCGACAUUGAGAUCCUAAAAAGUGUUCACCUGUAUAAUUACAAAGUUCUUCAUCGGUAUAUUUAUGGAGACCGUGUAAAAAGAGGUGCAAACUUAGAAAGAAUUUUAAUAACAUAACCAAAGCUUCUGAUUGUAACUUUGGUUAAUCUUCUAACCAUUACAUUGGCAUUAAUUCAGUGCACUUGCAUGUUUCAGUAGGUAAUUCCUCCUGUACUUUGAUUACAUUACAUGAUGAUGAAGACAAGAUGGUGUUGUUACGGAAAAUGCUAUUCUCAUCUCCCAUUAAUUGCAUUCAACUUGUCUUCCACUCUUCUUGAUCAAGAAAGUGCUUUGAAAGAGGAAGUGUUAGACUAAACAUUGUGCUGUGGGAAAUGCCAUACUAUUGUGCUAUUAAAAUUCUGUAGCUGAGGAACCUGAUUUCAGGAAGACAAAGGAUCGCUAAAAUACUGGAUAUUUUUCUAUUACCUUCAAAUUAUUUUAACCAUGAAUAUUUAUGAUGACUCGCUGGCGAUAGUAGCGAAGUUUUAAUGCAUGUUUCACUCCUGUGCUGCUUCUAUUCUUUGGGGGACAGGAAGUUUGUCAGAUGGUUUUGCAUGCAAAGAAAUCUUAGUGGAACUUUUUAGCAUUGCCUUGUGUACAUAAAAAUAGAUCUGCCCAGAUCCCAUUUUUUGUGUAUGCAUGGUUGGUUUUAUUGAUCUUUUUCUCCUCUUUUUUUUUUUUUUUCUUUUUGACUGAUAGCCUUUUGUCAAUAAACAUAAGAAUAUA